AUGGCACCCGGCGCCCUCGUCGAGCAACCUAACAUCGCGGAGCCCUUCGCCAACCCGAAGGACGGCCUCGCCCUCGAAGCCACCUCCGACGCCAUCGACGAUGUCAACGUUCUCAAAGCCGCCUUGAAGGUGAAGAAUGGCACCGCGACACAAGAAGAGAAGGACAUCUACGAGCAAUCCCAGUUCGAUGCCGAAAAGGACAAGACCCAGUUCCGACAGUACGAGGAGGCCUGCGACCGCGUCAAGAACUUCUACCGCGAGCAGCACGAAAAGCAAACCGUUGCGUACAACCUCAGAGCGCGCAACUCUUUCUACGCCACCACGCGCGCUAGCAUGACUGUAUGGGAGGCCAUGGAGAAGCUCAACACGCUCAUCGACGAGUCCGACCCGGACACCUCCCUCUCCCAAAUCGAGCACCUCCUCCAGUCCGCCGAAGCCAUCCGCCGCGACGGCAAGCCCCGCUGGAUGCAGCUCGUCGGCCUGAUCCACGACUUGGGUAAACUCCUCUUCUUCUACGGCGCAGAGGGCCAGUGGGACGUCGUCGGCGACACGUUCCCCGUUGGUUGCGCGUUCGAUAAGCGCAUCAUUUACCCCGACACCUUCAAGGGCAACCCGGAUCACGACAACUACAUCUACGGCACUGAGCACGGCAUCUACACGCCUGGCUGCGGUCUCGAUAAUGUGAUGCUCAGCUGGGGUCAUGACGAGUAUUUGUACCACAUCAUGAAGGCGCAGAGCACGAUUCCGGAUGAGGGCCUCGCGAUGAUCAGGUACCAUUCUUUCUACCCGUGGCACUCGCAGGGCGCGUACAGGUGGAUGAUGAAUGAGAAGGAUGAGCGUAUGUUGGAGGCUGUGAAGGCGUUCAACCCGUAUGAUCUUUACUCGAAGAGCGAUGAUGUUCCCAAGGUUGAGGAUCUCAAGGAGUACUACAAGGACAUUAUCGACGAGUUCAUCGGCUGGGACAAGAAGGUCCAGUGGUAGUCGGACCCAGCAUAAAAGUGGCGAUUCCGGCCGAAAAACUGGAGGCAUUAUCGAUAUGGAGUUCUGUAUAUAUGGAUUUUGUUUGAGCUUAAAGAC